GUAUGGAAAGACUUAUUGUCAGCAACCCCGAUGUUUCUCCCGGAGGAACUUAUGAAUAUAAAGAAAUCCACUUUGAUGAAUUAAUUAAAACUAUCGCCCACGAAUUAGCCCAUGCUUAUCAAUUUACAAUUAAUUCAAAAAUAGAGGGAGAAAAAAGUAGUUGUGAAAGCAGUGGUAAAAAGGAUGCUAACGGUAUUUUUUUGUAUCCCGCGUUAGUUGCCGAACACACCCAACUAACCGAAGAAAUUAAACAAAUAAUUACUAGUUCACCCUACUACCAAGAAUUUAAGGCUUGUGAAAACACUUUCGGGUUUGAUUAUUGCUUUGAAUGCCGACAGGAGAAAAAAGAAUUGGAGGAUUUAAUUGUUUGGUUAGAAAACAGCCAAAAUCUAGCAAGUUUAGAAAAAAAUUAUCAAGAAAUUAAAAAAAAAUCUCUUUAUGAUGCUAAUAAAAAAACUUUGGAUAAAAAUCAAAAUAACAAAGAAUUAAUUGAUAAUUACUAUGCUAAAAAAAUGAUAGAUUUAAAAUUCCCAAACUCCGACGCUUCCAAUUUUAAUUAUGUAAUAAUUCGGCAAAAAUUAAGUUCAAGUGGGCGUUUUAAGGGUAAAACCACCGAACAAAUUAGUAAGGAAAGAUAUGACAAAGUUUUAGAAGAGGUUAAUUUUGAUUACGACAAAUUUCAUGAGUGGAUUUACCAAGAGGAAAAUAAAGAUAAAGUUGAAAUAGUUAAGUUAGAAGGGUCAGAUUUUCAAGAAACAGGCGAAGGAACCCAUGAAACAAAAGGUUUGAUUAAUGAAGAAACCGGACAAAUUUUUUAUUCUAGUCCUUUAAUUAAAGAAAAAUUAAAAUUGUUGUCCUGGAAUGGAGACAAACCGCUUAUAGAUUCUCCUACUCAUAUCGGACAGACUUGGGAAAAAGGAAAAUAUGUGAACUAUAAUUCGGUAGUUAUUUUUCUCCAUGGCACUGGUAAAAGCAGAGGAGUUUUUCCCGAAAUUGAAAAAAAAUUUCCUAAUACCAAAUUUAUUUAUCCUUAUUCUCCCACCUUGCAAUAUGAUAUGUGGCAUGGUUCUAAUAAGGCUCCGGGCGGACAAUGUGAAGGCUGA